AUGGGUCUGAUGCGGGAGCCGGAGCGGCCUCAGAGAGGGUGUGAACCGUGCAGUUUGCCAACGGCGAUCGGCCCACUGCGGACUGGCGGUUCGUCGACAGGGUCUGGAGCCGCUAUUGGAGCAUACGAGUGGCUAGAUUUGGCGGUGGGAAGUGAUACGGGAGGUUCAAUGCGUGGUCCGGCCGGAGCUCAAGGUAUCUUUGGUAAUCGUCCAUCCACGGGAGCGGUGUCGAUGGACCACGUUAUCCCGCUGACGCCAGUGCCGGAUACCGUGGGUGUCUUUGCCAGGAGUGGAAGUCUUUGGGCGGCCACGACGAAGGCAUGGUAUCAGAAUUUCCGGUCAGACUAUCCAUCCUACCCCCAGAACAUCUACCGGUCCCUUGCCGCUAGCGAAUGGAACUCGGGAGAGAUAACUCCACCGGCUGCGGCGCUUAUUGAUGGCUUCGUAUCCGCGCUAGAAGGAUUCCUCAGGGUGAACAGCACUGUUGCGAAUUAUACCCAACUCUGGCUCGAGACGCACGGCGAUGCGCCUGCAAAUCUGGCCGACAUGUUAUACUUGACCUACGGUGUAUUGAUCACUCGUGAUCAGUGGAAUCUUCAUGGCAAACCAUUCUUUGCCGAUUAUGCCGCAGUUCAUGAUGGCCGUCAACCGUUUAUCAAUCCCGGACCGCUUGCUCGAUGGACAUGGGGCUGGACCAACGCCGGCGACGAAGCUUACCAGACCGCCAUCCGGAAUAAGACCAUUUUCCAGAACUGGUAUGAGACGGAAGGAUUUGGUAGACCCGAUCCAGACUCUUGCUCGGAGGGAGUUUACGUGUAUCCGUGGUUUAUUAGCGAGCCGAGUUAUCGAAAUACCUACUUCAACGCAACAACCACCCCGCCACUGGGAUUUGGCGAUUCUUCCUUCUCAAUUAUGGCUGGAGUCCCGGAGGUGAUUGUUCCACUGGGCGAAGUCCCCUACAACAGCACCGUCAGCUUGAAGACCGAGUAUUUGCCCGUCAGUGUGGCUUUGAGAGCGGCCAGGGGAUGUGACUUGAUGCUCGCAAACUUGGUAGCAGAUUUGGAGGCGGCCGGUAUUCUUCGCCCUGUGUCCGCUGGGACAAGAUUAUACCCAUAG